AUGGCCGACGCCGCACAGCAACGUCACGAGACCGACGAGGCCUCCCCGGCCUCCGAGGCGGCCCCAGGAACCAAGCACAAGACCGAAGCAGGCCAGUUGCCGCACACGGCCAAGCGUGCUAAGAAGGGAGAUGAUGAUGAUGAUGGCAAGGAGCAAGAGACGAUCGAGGAGGCGCUGGGGGUCGGCAAGCGCGGGAACAACAGUGCAGCAGAUGAGAAGAAUGGACGAGAGGAGGGCGGGCAAGAUCAAGGGGGCAAUGACACACGAGAGGCCGCGGAAGAGGACAGCACCGUCCCCUCAAGGAACGGCACCGCGGAGCAGGGUGGCAGCCGAGAAGGCGGCAGUCCCUCAUCCAAUAUCCUCGAAAAGGGCAUCAUCUACUUCUUCUUUCGUGGGCGCGUCGGAAUAGACGACCCCAAGGCCGUCGACGACAUCGCCCGCAGCUACCUCGUCCUGCGGCCCCUCGCGCAGGACGCCAAGCUCGGCUCCGGCCCCAUUGGCGACGCGGGCAACAGCCGCCUCUGCGCCCUGCCGAAGAAGGUUCUCCCCCGGAGCGGCAAGGACCGCUUCAUGGCAUUUGUGGAGAAGACGCACGCGUCGUUCAAGGAGCUCCGAGACGACUUCCUAAGCGCGAGCGACUACGAGACCAAGACGGCGGGCACCAGACACACGCCGGCGGCGACGCCCGUGGGCGAGGGGGUGUAUGCCAUCACCAGCACGGGGAGGACGAGCCACCUGGUGUAUCUGCUGACUCUGCCCGCGGAGCUGGGCGAGGUGCAGAAGAAAAUGGGCAUCGGGCAGAGGGCGAGCUUCAUCAUAAGUACCAAGAAUCCCGAUUAUCCCGGUCCUGCAUAUGCGCGGUUGCCGGAAGCUCCCCAUUACCCCGAAGAGCUGAAGGAGACAUUCCGCAGCCUUCGCUGGCCGCCCACCGAGCCUCGCCAUCUUGAUUAUGUCAAUGCCCAGUUCUUGCUGGUAGGCGAGUCUUCCGGCCUUGACAAGGCAAGCGAGGUGGCCGAGGGAGAGGAGGAGGAGCCCCUCGAAGAGAUGGAGAAGCUGGAAGAAGAGGACGAGAAGAGGAUGAAGGGUCUCGGCAAGGACGAGUCCGAGGCCAUCUUUGCCGAUCUGCAGGUUCGGGCUAGGGACUAUCCCAAGCUGCAGACCACCUUCUAG